AAUAUAUGCUAUUACAACGGCGAUAUAAUAAAUUAUUCGUCGUGCGACUCGAUCGCGAGACCAUUAACUAUAUAUUAUAUCUAACACAUGACUUUGGAAUUUUUUUUGUUGUUUUUCGUGUGUUCGUUUUGGAGGCCGUUUGAAAUUUUUUGGCACGGCCGCCGCAGACCGUUAAUAAUAAUUUAGUAUAAAAUAAUUGCGAAUCCGCGCUCGUUUGUCGGGUCACGCGAAUCCGACACCGAUCGUGCAGCGAAAUCGCGGUUUUCGACACUUAUUUUUAUUUUUUUAUUUUUUUCGUUCAACGCACUUUUUUUUUAAGACGUUUUUUUAUUAGUUUUAUUUAUUAAUUCGAUUUACGUGCCGAUUGCAGCAGUCCGUCAUUAAUAUAAUAUUAUUAUCGUCUUGAUUUUCAGCGGAUCAGAAUUCUCCGGAGUUUUACUUCAAUAUUUAUAUUAUAUAUAAUAUAUUAAUUAUAUUAUAGCAUUUUAUACGAAAAUAAUAAUUAUCGUGUUUUAAUUGAUCUGUUUAAUUUAUUUAUAUCAUUUCUGACCGAUGUUUGUGUUUCAGGUGUAUAGAACGGAAAACUGCACGACUUGUUUUUUCAAAUAACCAAGCUGUAUUGUGUAGCUGCCGCUGGCUUUUCGUCGUAUAAUAAAUCACACACACGUUAAUAUACAUAACAUAAUAUUAUAUAUUAUAUAUAUAUAAUAUUAUUAUAUAGUGCACCAAUUCUACACGCUGUCGUACAAUAUUUGUGGAAAUCACUCGCAGAGCAGAUUUGAUAUACAAUUAUUAUUUUAUUCGCUAAACUAUAUUUAUUAUUACUAUUAUUAUUAUUUUAAGCUAUUAUUUAUCGUAUUCGUAGUUGUUUUUCAUUUUAUACAUAUUAUUAUUAAUAUUAUUGUUUAGUUUCGUAUUUAUUUAAUAGCGAUUGACAUUCGUCUGCAACACGGUUCACACGCCGUUACUCGUAGGUCUUAUGUUUUUUCAACGAAAACGUUUUGUUUCUGAUUCAGCUGCUGUAUAAUCAGCGGUCUCGGCGAUGGCGGACCAACAGCAGGAACAGUACGAGGAGCAGCACAGACGGUGGUACGCCGAGUGGGUCCGCAAACAGUACGACGGGCCGGGCUGCCGAGCGAAGAUAGUCGGCCGGGCCAAGUAUGAGCAAAUUGUGCGCGCGGUCAGGGGCGAGUUGCGGCGCGCGGCGGACAACUCAAAGUUCCGGUUCUGGGUGCGGGCCAAGGGGUUUCGGAUGGGAAGACCGACGUCGUCGGGCGCGGCGGCACAAGCGGACGACUCGGACGUUUUGUACGUGGUAGAUACCAGGAACGGCGGUACGGCGGUCGCGGCAACGAUGCAGACGGGUAGCGGGUCCAGGCAGCAGCAGCAACAGCAGCAGCACUUCAGCUACAAGAAGGUGGCUGUGGUCGACGAGUUCUUCGACAUAAUAUACAGAGUGCACUGCAGCGGAGGAGGUGUUUCGGCGCGACACUCGGGACAAAAGCGUACGCACCGGAUGAUUAUGGAAACGUACGCUUUUCUACCAAGGGAGGCAGUGACCGCGUUCUUGAUGGGAUGUCCUCAGUGCAGCACUAGUAAUCCUACAUCGGCGUCUACCGUCGACGCAUCGGUUGAAAGUGCACACCAGACUCCACUUGCCGUUACCAACGUUGAUUUUUUUCACUGCGUUAACGUAGAGCAAUGGUCGUCAUCGAAGUUCGCAUGUUCCACUCCGGUAAAACAGAACGAGGAAAAUAGCAGCGCCACAAAACCUAAUUCUGCCGGUGGUACGCACUCAAUUGUCGCCACUGAAAUAGCCAUGGGGGCUGACAAGGAGAACGUUACGGAUAACGAAUGUCAAAUUGCUGUGGUCGCAACAACGAAGCGUGGUAAUAAACGUAAACGCACGGUUCCGUUGAAGCGUAACGUUCGACAGCCUUGCCAAGUCAUAGAAGUCCCCACCGUCGCUACUUCUACACCUGGUAACUCGAGCUCGGGCAGUAGCACUUUGAAAAAUAGUAGUAAUAGCAGCUGCACGCUAAUAUUGUCGUCAUCGUCAUCGUCGUUGUCCUCUCGUACGGAAACGGGUAGUGGAGUCAGUAGAUCGAGUGGUGGUUGGUGGUCGAAAUGGGGAGUGUGCAGUAACGGCAGCAGAUUAAGCGUGAGUGUGGGUGGUAGUGAUUUUAGUAGUGUCAACAGUAACAUGCAACCAUUAGACUUAUCUUCGUCACCACUAUUAACAGUUUCCCCUAGGCAAACGACUAUCCGAUCGUCGUCAUCUCCGUCUGUUGUUGCAGAUGACUUUUUUUACAAACGUAAACGCGUACGGCGUCGACGUAUUCGGCCAAAACGUUUGAACCGGUCGUCAUUAGGACGUCGUGGAGGUAAUUAUGGAGAGGGUGACACGUCGAUGAGUGAUCGUGAUGGUGAUUAUGAAGUGGUUAGAAAUAGUUAUAGAGACAGUGGUAAUGAUGAUGUUAGUAGUUGUGUUAACGAAGAUGCUGAUGGAAGUAUUACAGACGAACAACAUAACGCGAUGAUAGUAAAAAAAGUUGGUGGCGGUGAGAUAGAUGAGGAAUAUGAAGGUCCUAAACCGGCUAAAAUACAAAGAAGACUGGGUGAAGGAAUGGGUGAUCGUAAAAAUAACAAUAACGAUGACGAUUUCUAUGAUAAAGCGGCAUCUGUGGUGACUGUGGCCGUAAAAACAACGGUGGCGGCUAUAAACUGUUGUGAUGGUGACCACGGUCAAAAAAUUGCCGAGGACGCUUUAUCGAGGAACAUCGUGAUGAAAGGAUCACCAGAAGUACAAGAAGAAUUCACUGAAAUCGACAGAACUGAAGUGGAUGAAUCAGACGAAAACCAGGAAAAGAGUGCAGCAUUGCAUUCACCUAUAAACAAACGGAUUAAUGGCACUGGCCACCAUCCUUAUAAUAUGCAUCACACAUCCAGGAGUAUUAUGAAUGGUCUUGCAACGUCUUCAUCACCAUCUUCACUAUCGAAGUCGUUAGACACAAUUACUACCAGCAGUAACAGUCAUCAUAAUUUCCACCGGCAUUGGUUAGACAUGGCAAACGAUUCUGUCAAUAACAGUAAUAUGAUGGACGUGGACGGAUCGGCGGAUGACAACUCCAUGGCAGCCGCCGCAGCAGCAGCUGCUGCUGCUCUGCUAUUUAGCCCUCCAUCGUCAGUCGGCAGUGGUAUAUCACCCGGUGGACCAUUGUCAUCCUUACACCCCAAUUCGCAUCUUGCACAUCACCACGCUUUGUCACCACUAGCACCACUCGCACUGCCGCCUCAUUCGGCUGCGGGUAUCGGGUUGACACCUGCGCAUCACCAUCAUCACCAACACAUCCAACAACAACUACAGCAGUAUGCAGCGGCCGCUGUUGCCGCAGCCACCGCAGCAGCCGCGGCCGCAGCUGCAGCAUCUUCGGCUGGUGAUUCGACAUCACCGCCUCCAAAUUUGCCACUAUCUUUGCCUCCAAUGGCCCAUCACUACAACCAAAACAAUAACAUCAGUGGUACAAAUAAACGUCGAAGUACCAGUGGAACAGGAUUGACGGUACAACAACAGCUUUAUCGCAGAAGUGGUACUCCUACGUCCUCCACUACAUCAUCGCCUUCACCAAGACUAUUGAAUUCCAAAAAUGACGCUGAUACAACUACAAGUAGUACUGGUUUGCAUGAAAACAGCAGCUUUUCGACAUCUGGACUCCCAACAACUACGACAACUGUACUCUGGCCACCUUUGGGCCUUCUCACUGCAGCGCACCAGCAACAUCAUCACAGUAUGUCAUCACCUCCAAAAUUUCAGCAACUAUUUGGUUCAUCGGUUAACUCUCUGGCCACAGUUACAGCUGGAUCACAAGUCCUACCAUCAUUGCCACCACCACCAAUUUCAUCGCCUUCAUCUUCAUAUCGACUUCCAUCCAAAGAAACAAAUGGUAUGGCAGUGACUACUACUAACGGUAUUGUUACUGGCAACGAUGUUGGAAUUGGAACUGGUACUGAGAAUACAAUGAACGCAGACGAAGAUGACACGGCAAUUGACGAUGAGGAAGAUGAAGAAGACGAAGAAGACGAAGAAGAAGAAGAGGAGGACCUUGAUGAUGACGAUAUCGAGGAAGGUGAAGAAGAUGCUGAUGAAGAAGAAGGAGAAAGGAAUGCAGAUGGUGGUGAUGGAAAUGGUGCACAAACUCGGCGAUUACGCAGGCAACAAGUCAGACGUUUACGACAACUACAGCGUGCUGCCAAUGGAAAUAACAAUGCAAAUGAUGGCACUGAUUCUGGCAUUACUACAAGCUACCGCCAACACUGGCAACAGCCUUCAACUACCACAACUUCUGCCAGUUCUCUAUCACAGCAGCAACAUCAACAUUCCGUUGGAUCAUCUUCUCAACAUCAUAUUGAUCCGGAACGUUUAAAAGCAUUCAACAUGUUCGUCCGGUUGUUUGUGGAUGAAAAUUUAGAUAGACAAGUGCCUAUUAGCAGACAACCUAAAGAUAAGGUACAGGCAAUUAUUGACUCGUGUGGACGACAGUUUCCUGAACUUUCAGAUAGGUCGCGUAAGCGUAUCAGAACCUAUUUGAAAUCAUGUCGUCGUAAUAAGCGAAACACGCCACAAUCUGGAGGUGUUGUUUCAUCGUCACCUCCUCCACCCACUAAUCCAUGGCCAGCAAAUGGUUCCUCUUCUGAUCCAACAGUGCAACCGAGACCCACUCCAGCACAUUUAACAAGUGCCCAGGCUGAAACUAUACUAGCAGUGGCUUGUCAACGAGAGUCGGAUAAUGCCCGACGAAUGCGUCUUGGUCUUGAACCCGUUGCACAGCCUUAUCCGUAUUCGGUUGCUUCAACAUCGGCAUCUAAUGUAUUUCAACAACCUUCUGGUACUCUACUAUUAAACCAAAAUGGAAGUGGUGGUGCCACAUUGCAAAUGUCAUCGACGUCAUCGGACGAAGACGCAGGUGUAGGUGAUAGCAGUUUUGAAAAAACGUCCUCUAAUGCCAUAGAAGCUGACACUGAGCAUCGCAAUGGAAAUGACGAAGCAGAAAACCGCGAUGGUUGCGACCGUCGAGAAGUUAACGAAUCUGUUGAAGGAGGUUCCGGUGGCGAUUCGUCAAACAUUAACACUGUUAAUGACGAAUUGAACUUGUCAAAUGUGACUGGUGGAGCUAGUGUUACAUCUUCAUCUCCUAAUAAUAAUGAAACAACUGGACCGACUGACCUGAGUGUUAAUAAAUCUUCUUCUGCUACCACUCACAGUAUGGGUACUAGUACUAUCGCUCCUAUUCCUCCACCACCAACAGGAGGAGGAUAUAUGAGCGGUGCUGGUUUUAGAGGUCUCUCCACGUCGACAUCAACUACGACAGUCAACCAUCGUCGAAUCAGCAGUAACAACUCGUCCUCAGCUACUGGUAUGCUGCAACUGUUUCCAACCAUGAACACGACACCCAGUAUCUCCAGUGGCAAUACACCCACGCUUCCAAUACAGCCAUCGAUGCUUAACCAAACUACAGCACCAGUGCAACCGAGCAGUAAACUUUUGAACAAAGCUGACGUGGUAACUGUAAGGCAGCUCAUAGCUGGCUACAGGGAAUCAGCGGCUUUCCUAUUGCGUUCUGCUGAUGAAUUAGAACAUCUUUUGUUAUUACGAGGAUAAUUUCGAUUACAAAAUCUGUAGAAUAGUCAAAAAACGUGUUAAUUUUUUUUUUUUUUUAAUACCUCUGUUUUUGUGUAAAGUACAAACAUUUUUUUAACUAAUUUGUGAUUUUUAUUAUUAAUUUUUUUUUUUUGUUUGUGUGUGUUUGUGUGUGUGCACAAAGCACAGUCGAAAUUCUAUUGCUGUACGUAGUGUACGAUUUGUUAUUGCCUCUUCAUUAAUUAAAAUAUUAAUGAAGAGGAGGAUGACAUAGAGUGUACCUACGACACACAAUAGGAUUUUUGAUAUGCGCUAAUCAUAUUAUAUUGUUAUUGGAGUAAAAAAUAAACGUAACAUAUGUAUAGUAUUACAUAGUAUUAUGACUACUAUUAUAUAUUAUUA